GGAAAACGGGCUCCUCGUUUUAGUGCAGCGCUGCCGGAUUCUGCUUGACGUGACUCACAGGCUGAUGAAUUUGGACCGGACCCGCAAGUCCGUUCACACGGGUUGUUUACAACUGUGCAGUUGCCACCGCAGUCUGUAUGAUAACGUCGCCCUGUCUCGUUAACGUGUCAAACUGAUGCGAUAAUUUUCCUUGCUGUGGAAUACACGGGAAUGCUGUGAAAGUCAGAGGAUCAUAAGCGCUCUCUGAUUUCAAACGGCACGCCGAAGGGAGGACCUGCUCCAUGUCCUGCUCGAUUUACGGGACCUUCGCAUCAUUACCACCUUGUCUCCAGGGCUGAUAUAUUACUGAAGAGUGUUUCAGUAGCACCAGUUUAAAGCCCUGCCUGUCCUGCUGCGGACGGUGGCCGGCAGACCCACACACACGACUGAACGACAUGGAUCACACUGCUGCAGCUGCAAGGAGGUGAGAGCUGAAUGAGCGAUUUGAUCUGCAGGACGUCUUUUGUCUCGAGCCUAUGGAGGUCAAAGGGCAAUUUAACACCGACAUGGGUCCAGGGGCUCCUGAUGUCCAGGGCCCUGGGGACAGCACUCAGCAGGCGGAGCGGCUCUCCGAGCUGCAGGACAGGAAACAGACCCUGCAGACGCUCCUGAGCAGCCGGUUGGAGGAGCUUCGUCAAGUGUGUCUGCUGGAGGCGGAGCUGACGGGGAAGCUGCCCCAUGUCUUUCCUCUGCAAGUGGGGGAGCGACCCCCUUUUAUCCAGCGCAGGCUUGGCCUGCCUCCCCUCACCCUCUCCAAGGUAGAGGACGACCCCGGCCAGAGAAGACAAAUGAAGACUCUUUUCAGUGGGGCCCUCCGGCGAACCGUGGAGUUGGACAAAACCACGCUGCACUGCAAGAGGACCGUCCACCGCGGGUGUCACACAGAGGAAACGGUUAAAUCGGAGAGCAGCUCCAUGUCAGACUCCACUCAGUCUCAAGACAAUGAGGAGUCGUCCCCCAGCGUGGCUCCGGAACACCACUCCCACUCUCACCCCCGCCUGGCCUUGGCCAGCCCCGACGGUCAAUUCUGCAGGAAACUGUCUCCGGUGGACAUCUACUACGAGAUGAGGACCCGCCGCAACUCUGCCUCCAGCUCCAUCAGUCCAAGCCACUCCCUGCCAAGGAGUGCAUCCAAUAUGGAGGGCAGGAGUGUUCCAGCCACACCUCUUCUGUCUCGAACUGCACCAAUCAGCAUCCAUAUGAGGCCUGACCCCACUGACGGCCCAGUAAAACAACGGGACAGCAGCCCCGACGUCUCCCAGUUUGUUCCGCUGGCGUCUCUGGAGAGCUCGGCCUCCGACUGCCGAGGAUGCCCGUACGGCUCGCGCGCCCGCCGCAGUAACAGCUCCGAGGCCUUACUGGACCGCUCCACCCUGCAGGAGCCGCACGACGCCGGGCACCCACGAAGUGGCAUGCCCCCCAGAGCCGGACCCUACAAGAGCUCUGAGUCGCUGAUGGAUGGCAAGCUCCGGCAGGUGUACCGGGGCAGCCCGGAGAGGGCGCUAGGGGGAGCUGCAGAGCAGGGGCGCAUGCGCUCAUCGGUGGGUGGGAGGGUGAGCGGCUCGGGCUACAAUGAGAUCCUGAUGGACUACAUCUGGGGCAAGCAGCAGAACAGAGCGACCCAGCCGCCGCUCAGACAGUCGGCCGGCCAGGCCUGGCCCAACCUCCCGGCGGCUGCCACGCCUCCGCACUACAACGGCUUCUCCCAUUCGCAGAUCCACCUGGCCGCGGCUCCGCCCACCUACAGCCCCGCGCUUCUGCCCGACCCACAGGCUGAGCCACGCCGGGUGAAGGUCACGCGGACCAAGUCGUGCGGACCCUUCAUCCCCCUCCGGCAGCAGGAGUCCGUGCUGCUCUCCACUUAUGAGCCCAGCACCUCCACCCCCAACCUGCUGCCCCUUCAGGCGGAGCUGCCCCCUGUCGCCGGCGCUGCCUUCGGCUGCAGGCCCGUGCCCUUCUCGCUGCCCACUCCAGACGACCCCAUGCGCAGCCUACACAAGGCGCUGGCCCUGGAGGGCCUCCGGGACUGGUACCUACGGAACGCCCUGGGUUACAGCACCACAGCCAAGGGGCAUGACGGUCUCCCCCUGCGCCCCCCGCACCACCUGGUACCCCAGCCGCAGUCUGGCCCACUGGACCCGCUCUACUCCCACCGCCAGAUGCCUCAGUCUGCCUCCUUUCACGGGCACCCUCUGCGGGGCAGGUCCGUGGAGCUCACUCUCUUCUCAGAGCCCUUCCUGUCCCAGAAGCCCACGCCAAAACAGGCCAGCUCGGAUCCCGCUGCCCCCGGAACUCUGGUUUAACAGAACUCUAACUGUACAGUCAGUACAAUGAGCUGUAUGAACAGAGAGGAGUUGGGCUAUCAUGCCCUAGCAGAUAUGUAUGCUGUUGAAAAUAUUAUUGUAUUACAGAGGUACAUUUGCAUAUGAUUUGGGCAUUAUAAAGUAACAAACUUCCGUUCAUCUUUGGAUAUAUAUUUUUGCAGAACAUAUACACACACACAUACAUACAUA